AUGGUUCGGGAAGGGGUUCAGCUUGUAGAACCAAUUCAAGGCCGCAGUGCUGAGAGUGGAAGGGAAGAUGAGGCACAUGCCUUCGUCACUAAGGCCCUUGCAUCCAAGGGCAGACUAGAAGGAGUGGAUAUGGGUGAGAGGAUCCUCCGUGCCAGUGUAGAAGGCGAUAUGAAGUGGCUUAAUUUCCUUCUUCUGGUGGUAAUUGAGGAUACAUUCGGUAAAAGGCCCAGGUCGUGGCUUCUCCCAAAGGGGCUGAAAGCUGCGGUGCUGCUCACUCUCCAGACACCGAACCUUCUCGAAGAGAAGCUUCUUCAUGGGCGGGUCGGCAUGAGGGAGGGUCUCAGGUGCUGA